CAAGUGCAUUUCCCUCGUUAGAACCUUGUGUGAAGUGCUUCUGUGUAAAUUGAUCUGUGAAACUGUGAUUGCUUCGAAGAAGACACGACUAAGUGAGGAAGAUCAGUGAUCGUGAUCGUAGUUUCUUUUUUUUGGAUAUCACAAUGAAAUUUAUCAUCAUCUGCAGUGCCAUUGCUUUGAUGGCCAUUUGGACCGAAGGUGCUCCUCAGGCGCCCAAGGCAACUGAACCCAUCGCGAUCAUCAGUCAGGAGUCGAACAUAGAACCCGACGGAUCUUAUCAGUACAACUACGAGACCGCCAAUGGGAUCAAGGGUCAGGAGACGGGCACACUGAAGCGCGCCACGAGUCCCGACAGCAGCGACGUGAUCAUCGCCCAAGGAUCAGUGUCGUACACCUCGCCGGAAGGACAAUUGAUCGUGCUGAACUACUCUGCGGACGAUGAGAAUGGAUUUGUGCCUCAAGGUGAUCACCUGCCCACGAGUCCCCCAAUUCCGCCUGCCAUCCAGAAAGCUCUGGAGUACAUCGCCUCACAGCCGAAAACACGGAAGUAGAAAGAGUCGCCACACAACAUGUCUUACAGAUUUAGCUAUUUAAAUACUCUGUGCAGAUGCCAAAUUUUUCUACGAUGAUGAUGAUGAUGAUGUAAAGAAAUUUUAAAUUCAGCUGCCAUACAACACAGAAAGGAAAAAUCGAUAUAUCUCAAGAAGAGAGCAUGAAAAAGACCAUAUAAAAAUGUUUUAUAAGAAA